AUGGAGCCCGAACCUGUGAGCUCCUGUCCUUUAUGUCCCUCCGCAUGCCUUCCUUCCACCUUUCCCCUUUCUGAGAAGGGGGUCAGCCAGUUAUUUCUUAAAGUCCACCCCUCAGCUGGGGGCCUUGAUCCCCUCCCCUCUCUCUCCUAUGAAUUUGUGUUUGUCUCUCCUGCCAGGUUUGGGAGCAAGGCUGAGAGCCCUACUAUGUCAGCCUCGGAAAUAGUGAUAGGAUCUGGUGAAUGUGGUUACUGUGAAUUGGUGCCUCAGGACCUUUGCUGUGUCCUUGACACAAAACCAGCCACUUGA